AUGGGCCUGAGUAAUCCCACAGUCCAGGUUGACGAUUCAGCGGGUUCGAUUGGCUGGCCUGUCGAGUCUCGUCGGACGGCUGCGGCACAGCACGGCCUGCCCCCCAUGCACACAUACCUGGGACGGGACGGGUCGGUCGAGGCCAGGCACAGCGCCACAAAAACACACCGACAUCAAACCGGUGCCGCAGUCGGCAUGUUAGCUUGCUGUGUCUCGGUUACUUGUACUUGUUUUUCUUCGCUUGCUUCCAGUGCGGUGCUUGUGUCUCGCCCGCCCGAGACCCGUACCCCUAAGUCCGAGUCCUGA